AUGGCGAAUACACUGAAUGGUCUCCCGAACGAGAUAUUGCAUAAUAUCUUCAAAUAUCUCGAUCCGCGCGACCUGGGACGGAUCUUUAGGGUCAGCAAGCAAUUGAAGAAAUUUAUGACAGAUAAGGUGCUGUUUAAGGAGGUCUACUGCUAUCUGCUGGAUGGUCCAGUAAAUGCUUUCAAGCCAGCUGGAUUUGACUACAAGGAGGAACUCAUCAAGUUCUGCAUCGCCCGAAGGAUCCUCCAAAGCGACAAGAAAGUCGAGGACAAGCGAAACGACAUCGUGCAAAUAUCCAAAUACCUCACAGAAGCCUGCUACAUCUCUACUCCAAAGGAAUCGCAAACCAUACAACGCAUGAAAAACUGGUUCGAUGACAACAGAGGAUACCCCCGAAAACAAAGAGACAAUAUCGAAGCCUUCCUCUGCCAAUCCAGCACCUUCUUCCGCGCUCGUCACAUCGAGAAUACCCUGCCGAACCUGACUCUCGAAGAGCGCCAGGCGUCUGCAAAACUGCACGUCUUUUACGGCGUCCCCCUCUUCCUUCCGCGAACAAGGAAAUGGCAUACCACGUACCCUUACGCCGUAUCCGUUGUGUAUGAUUUGCGCAAUUACACGGAGGAGACGAAAUGGGGGCCAUAUCUAUCAGAUGGCCAAGCGAGCGUCGAUUGGGAGAAGAUGGAAGCGGUGAUGCUGGUGUUGGGGCAUAAUAUGCAUGCUUUUUGUCGCCAGACGCAUGGGAUGUUUCCUAAGGUUUGGAGUGUGCCGUUUGGUGGCAUAGCGCCCAAUUCGUAUGUGGAUGAUGGCAGGUUCAACAAGGAUAAGAAGGAAGAGAGGGUGUUUACGGGGUGGGAGGGGAUGGCGGAGGAGGUGAGAAGGCCGUUGCCCAAGGGGUUUGAGGAUCCGUAUAAUAUUACGGGGACGUGGACUAGGGUUGUUUGCUUCUUAGAUUUCCACGACCUCUUCGCAUACAACUUCACCACCGGUCAACCCGAACCAGACCAAGCCCGACCAGCGCUCAACACCACAGAAGCCAUCCGUCUCAUCACGAUGGAGAUUCGCGCCACGAAAUCCGAACCGCCAGGACCAGAAGACGGCCAGGCAUUGCCGAUAUAUCAUUUCGAGGGCAUCUCAACAUCUAGUAUGAACACAUCCUGGGAUCCGAAUGCGAACUCGUCGAUCAGGGGGACAGUCCGUCUGACCAAGGAAGGUGAGGUUAGGUGGCAAACUAUUUCCGUUUUUGCUGGUGAGGAGAGAUGGGCAAGUGAAGGUAUCCAGGUCGGUGGUAUACGAUCUGGUCGAGGCGUCCUCGGUCAUUGGUUCGACAAAGAUCACGACAUCCACGGCCCCGCCGGCCCAACAGCCUUCUGGAAAGUCAGCGAUGGCUUCCGAGAGCCCUCCGACGACGACGCAGACCAUCCACACGCCAUGUACCACCAAACCACCGCCAACGUACAAUACGACGACGAUGAAGACGAGGAAGACGAAGAAGCAGAAGGAGGAGAAGAAGGGCAAGAGCAUGUGUACGAGCUCGGCACGGUGGCGGAGAGCGAUCUGGUUACGGAGCUGCAGUUGGGUGGGCAGACGGCAAGCCAGUUGCAUGAUGUGUUGGCGCAGAUUGUUAUGGGACAUUUGCAGCAGCAUCAUCAUUAUCAGCAUCAUCCGAUUCAGGGGCAAGGGGAUGAUGAAGAUGAGGAGGGAUAG